AUGCAUCUGUGGCAGGCCACUCUUCCAUUCUGUCUGCUGGCUUCAGCUGCCCUGCCCGCGGCGGCUGCAUCAGCUUGGGGCUUUGCUGAUGCCACCGUGGCAGUUCAACCUAAGGGCGCUGGGAUCAAUGGCGGAUUCAAGGAACAGUUCACUUCCUCCAAGCCAUUGUCCAAACCCGUUGUUUUCGCCGGUGCCGACACAUUGCGCGUCAUCUUGACUGCUCAGGAAGGCAGCUCCGCAAAGAGACCACACCAGGCAUUCCUCCUGCUGAAGGAUACCCAGAGUGGUCUGGACGUCUCCUAUCCAUUCAGUGUCAAGGAGAAUGGAAAAUCUCGAGUUGAAUUGACCCAGAAGGAGCUGCCAGUCCAAUUCCUCUCCCUCACUGAACCCAUCGAUGCCCGUGUUGUCAUUGGAUCUUUUGGUAGCUCUGAGGCCUACGAUAGCUCCGUCUUCAAGCUGGCUAUCGAGCGCGACCCCAACGUGCCCGUCCCUACUGUAGAGACCGCGCGUUACGGCAAGCUGCCUGAGAUCCACCACAUCUUCAAGGACUCCCCCUCCAACCCACCUAUCAUCAUCACCCUCGCUUUCGUGGCCGCCGUUGGUGCUACUCUUCCGGUUCUUGCUGGCCUGUGGCUCUUCCUCGGCGCCAACCUCAGCCACCUCCCCGCUGCGUUCAAGUCCGCUCCUCUGCCCCACGCCAUUUUUGUUGGAUCCUUGAUCGCAUUCGAGGGCCUCUUCUUCCUCUACUACACUUCUUGGAACUUGUUCCAGCUCCUGCCGGCUGCGGGUGUUGUUGGUGCGGUCGCAUUCGUGAGCGGUAGCCGCGCCUUGGGUGAGGUGCAGGGUCGUCGCCUGGCUGGCCUCCGGUAA